UGAACUCGUGCGUCAUAUGAAGAAAAAUUGCACAAACAUCUCCAAUGGCUCCUCAAUACGCUCCAAGUCUGCGCUCCCGUUUGGCACCUUUAUUGCUUUUUCUACAAACUGGGUUUAUCAUUAUAUUUGCCUUUUACUGUGAACUCGACAGCUAUGGAACAAAGGAUGGAAAAACCUUCAGCGACUUUUACGCAGAGUUCCAGGAUGUGAAUGUGAUGGUGAUUCUAGGUUUCGGCUUCUUAUGCACCUUUCUGGUGCGUUAUGGGUUCAGUGGCUCUGGUUUCAACCUCCUUGUUGCUGCCAUGGCCACGCAGUGGGCAAUCAUACUGAAUGGCAUUGAGUCCUGGUAUGAAAGAGGAAAGAUUAGAAUUGACCUGAAGAGUAUUUUAGUGGCUGAGAUGUGCACAGCUUCUGCCCUCAUUUCCAUCGGAACUGUAUUGGGGAAGACUAACCCUGUCCACCUUAUCCUGAUUGCUCUGCUGGAGGUGUCGGGAUUUGUCUUGAAUGAAUGGGUACUCCUGACUCUCCUGAAAGUUCGGCCUCUUAAUGGAAUCAUGUUGCUUCACAUCUUUGGGGCCUUUUUUGGACUCACGUUAACGUGGAUCCUAUAUCGUAAAGGCUCAGAGGAAGGAUUUGAGAAAGAGAAAUUUGACAGAAAAUCAGGAUUGUUCUCCAUGUUGGGUACUCUGUUUUUAUGGAUGUUUUGGCCCAGUUUUAACUCCAUUCUUGUGAACAGCCAUACUCCUUUGAGGAAGGAUUGGGCUGUAUGCGGCACCUACCUGGCCCUGGCUGUUAGUGCUGUGACAGCAGCUGCGGUGUCUGUGCUCUCCAGUCCUCUUGGAAAACUCAACCUGAUCCAAAUGCAGUCAAGCAUCCUUGCUGGUGGCGUUGCUGUUGGGGUUUCCAUGCCAGUAAUUCAACUCCCUUGGGAAGCCAUGGCAAUUGGAUUCACUGCUGCUAUUAUGUCAACCAUUGGAUUCAAAUAUCUUAAGAUCCACAUGCUACUUGCAUUUGAGAGCCAUGACACCUGUGCUGCUUUAAGCACACAUGGACUCCCUGGUCUGCUGGGGUGGCUGGUACAUCUCCUCCUGCAGAUUAAAGACUUUGACAAUUACACAGUGGCUAUCCGUUUUGCUGUGUUUCACAUUUGUACUCUCCUUGUCACCAUUGCUAUAAGUUUGUCAACGGGAAUUCUCACAGGGUUUCUAUUGAAGUGGAACUUCUGGAGACCAUCUCCAAACAAGAAAUGCUUUGAUGAUCAAGCUUUCUGGGAGUUUCCUCACAAUGCAGUCCGCAAGUAAGGAAACGUACCAGGCAUUGUGGCAUUAAUUCUCCUUACUGUACAUAAAUUCAUGUAAUUUUUUUUCAGUAUUAUGUAAAAUUGUUAUUGGAUUUUUUUGUGAAGGGAAAAUAAAAAUCAAAGCUGAAGUGUGGGAGAAAAAACA